AUGACUUGGCCUGUGCGGCUCGUCUGGAGACGCCUCUCUCUUCCUGGGCCAUGGCCGCAAUUGGUUUUUGAAGGCCCCGCGAAAUUCAGGUUCAAUGGGCAGUACUCUGUGCAGAGGGGCGGCGCUCGUGCCCGUUCCCAGAAAAUGGAUAGUUCCCCCCCAAUGGGGUGUUUUGUUGGGCCUUCUUCUCAGUCCGCCGUGGCCCCUGCGUGGGUGCAAAAUUACGUCAUGGCCUCGCCGCCGCUAUGCUCGUCUGAAUUAGGAAACACCGCCAUUCGACCUCGCCGGCCCCAGCUUGGCUCCGGGCUUGGCCGCUUCAUUGGCGCCGUGCCACCGGGUGUAUCAGCGGGAAAUUCCGACAUUUCUUUCCAUUGCCGUUCCGAGUAUUACUCCUGCGUCGCCACGCAGGAAGCCCCAGCAAAGGCCACUCAACGCCCGGCCCACAUGCCCAAGAAACCCGGCCAAUAUACCCACGAAACCCCGACCACCCAAGACCGGCUGCACCGGCAAAGAAAAGCAACGCGGCACGCAGCCCCGCUUUUAUGGGGCCGGUUUCCACCCCGCUACAAAGCGCCGGUUUGGACUUUAUUGGCCUUGGUCGGUGCACUCCUCCGCGGCCAUACCCGACUGCGCCGGCCUGUAUAUGGCGCGGCCCGCCACACCCAAACCCACAACAAAACAGCCCCAAACUCCCGGGGCCGGCUGGCAGAAAAAGCCCAAGAAAAAGGCAGAUCGCCAAUCGGCGCCCGGCCUGCCGCCGCUGGCUGA